AUGGCCUGGAGACAGCUGUUCCUGAUCUGCUGUCUCUCGGCCGUUGUGCUCCUGUCCACCCUGCGGGAGGGGACUGCUGUGGCGGUGGGCACCAGGCGGUUGGCAGGACAUGAGGUGCAGGAAGGCGUGGAAGGGAAGAUCUUCAUGCAGGAAUCAGAUGCCUUGAAUUUCCUCAAGAAGCGAGGCAAGCGGUCCUCCAAAUCCCGAGAAGAGGCCAAUGCGGAGAACAGGCAGAAGCUGCAAGCGGAUGCGCUACGGAAAGAACAUUACGAGGAACAAAGGAACGAGUUUGAGAACUUCGUGGAGGAGCAAAACGAUGAACAGGAAGAGAGAAGCCGGGAGGCCAUCGAGCAGUGGCGCCAGUGGCACAGUGACGGCCUGUACCCACCCUAUCUCUACAACCGCCACCAUAUCUGACCUCAGCCCGAUGCACCCAGAAG